AUGAGUAACCAGCUUGCUGGGGCCCGUGCUUUCCUGCUGGGAGAAGCAGCUGAAGAUAGUGUAUGCACCCAGGACUGGCAGAUUCAUGUCGUCUCAACACAUCUUGCUAUAACUAUUACAUAUCAGCUGAAGCUUCCUAGCUUCCUGACGUCAGCCAAAGCAAUUAGUGUUAAUGAAGGAGAUGGCCGGAAGCUCAAAGGCGCUAUCCAACGGAGCACAGAAACGGGCUUAGCUGUUGAAAUGCCAAGCAGAACUAUCCGACAAGCCAGCCAUGAAUCCAUUGAGGACAGCAUGAACAGCUAUGGAUCUGAAGGAAACUUGAAUUUCAAUGGAGUUCAUCUGGCAUCUGCUGGACAAUUCAGUGAUUUCCUGGGGAGUAUGGGGCCUGCACAGUUUGUGGGCCGCCAGACUUUGGCCACAACCUCUAUGGGGGAUGUGGAAAUUGGCCUACAGGAACGAAACGGACAACUGGAAGUGGAUAUCAUUCAAGCCCGAGGACUGACUCCAAAGCCCGGCUCAAAAACUCUCCCAGCUGCUUAUAUCAAGGCAUAUCUACUGGAAAAUGGAGUGUGUAUUGCAAAGAAGAAGACCAAAGUGGCUCGCAAAUCCUUAGACCCUUUGUACAACCAAGUGUUGCUGUUUCCAGAGAGCCCACAAGGGAAAGUACUGCAGGUGAUUGUCUGGGGGAACUAUGGACGCAUGGAACGCAAACAUUUCAUGGGAGUUGCCCGGGUUCUUUUGGAAGAACUGGAUUUGUCAACUAUGGCAGUCGGUUGGUAUAAGCUUUUCCCAACAUCCUCGAUGGUGGAUCCAGCGACCGCUCCACUCCUGCGCCAAUCCUCACAGCUUUCUUUGGAAAGCACAGUGGGACCUUGCAGUGAUAGGUCUUAAUGAGCAGAGAAGUGC